UGUACAUAGGUGAGUAGUAGUAUUAAUGGUUGUUUGGCUACAUGUGCCUUGUGAUUUGUGUUUGCCCCGCCUCUCACCCAAAGUCAGCUUGGAGAGGCGCCAGCCCACUGUGACCUUAAUAAUGACGAGCAGUACAGAAAAUGGAUGUGUGGCUACCUACCAGGUGACAAUGCGGGAUCACACAUCCGGUGUUAAUGUGGAGGAGCUGCUGAGGCACUCUCAGAUGGAGUUACAGUGGAUGCAGAGACAGCUGGCUUUGAUUGCUGCCAGGAAGACACACCACGACCACGGACAAGCCAAGGAAAAGUCAAAGUUGGAGGUUUCAUCCCAGCUCGGCCAAAACGUUAGUCGCUUUCGCCUCCUGGAGGAGAGAAAUCGAGUUUUGAGACAAGAAAUGGCUGCUCUCCGCCAAGAGAAGCAGCAGUACCACAAACUGAGAGCGAAGCUCCAUGCUGCCUUGCAGGAGAAAAAUCGUCUCAACAUCGAGCUGAUCGGCCGUCACCUGAAGGCAUCCAAAUAUGACCAGGUACAGUCCGACUUCGAUCAGCUGAAAGAGACGCUUGCCGUGGUGAGCCAGGAGAGAGACUCGGCCCAGGAGCAGCGCAGCCAACUUCAAGGCAAAGUCGAGAACCUGGAACAGGUUCUAAAGCGUAUGCACGAGACUGUUGAGGUGAAGCAGCGGCCGCAGACAGAGCAUGACCAGGCCUUGGCGGCCCUUCACACCAAGCAGAAGGAGAUCAAUCAAUUGCAAAAGGUCCAGAUUUGUGACCUGGAGCAGACAUGCAGGUCACAGAGUGAACACUUCCAUCAGAUGUCCAAAGAGCUGCUGAAUUUCCGUUUACAAUCCCAUCCUGUGGCGAUCCUCCUGAGUAAAGCCCCUUCCAAAUCCCACAAUCUCCUCUCAGCGGAGGAACAGCUCCCAAAAGUCGUUGUCGGAUUUGAAAACCAGCCAGAAGCAGGCGAUGAGCAAGCGCCAAACGUGCCACCACUGAUCUCCCAGUUCUUGCAGUGCCCACAGCAGACUGGAGACAGGGAACGACCAGAUUGGCCGUCUGUCAAGUCCUGCACCGUAAAAACGGACCGCGCCAGCUGCACUAAGCGGCUGACCCCAUCAGCGCUACAGAUGGAGGAUGAACCAAGAUCAUCAUCCAGGUCCAAGCCACGCUACACUGGCCAGGUCCGCCUUUGCACUGCCCGAUACAGUUAUAAUCCCUACGAUGGACCAAACGAACAUCCCGAAGCAGAGCUCCCGCUUGUGGCUGGGAAGUAUUUGUAUGUAUAUGGCAACAUGGAUGAUGACGGAUUCUAUGAAGGUGAGCUGCUGGAUGGCCAGCGAGGACUUGUUCCAUCAAACUUUGUAGAGUUUGUCCAGGACAAGGAGAAACUGUCCAUUCAAGCUGGAGAUGGAGGAGAAGAUCUUGGUCCAGUGGAACAUACACCCUUAGCCUUGAGGUCCGUGGACGGAGGUGCUGGCCAGGAUGGUCUCUUAGGCUCUGCAAAUGCCUUGGUACCCUAUAGCAACGGGACCGUGGGGCCCCUGGACCCGGAGGACCUGGCUGAAGACGUUGUGCCUUAUCCCCGAAAGAUCACUUUGAUCAAGCAGCUGGCUCGCAGCGUCAUCGUGGCUUGGGAGCCUCCGGUUGUGCCUUUGGGCUGGGGGAACGUCUCUGGCUACAAUGUGUUGGCGGACGGCGAACUACGGGCCAGCAUACAGUUUGGCGGGCGUACCAAAUGCUUGCUGGAGAAACUGGACCUGGACGGCUGCGUUCACCGUGUGUCGGUACAGAGCGUCACCGACAGGGGCUUGUCGGACGAGCUGCGCUGCACCCUUUUAGUAGGAGCCAACGUGGUGGUAGCACCUUGCGGCCUCCGGGUGGAUGACAUCCAGCGGGACACAGCCGAGCUCUCCUGGUUGCCUAGUAACAGUAACUAUGGUCACACCGUCUUCUUGGACGGAGUAGAGCAUGCAGUGUUAAAGCCGGGGAGGUAUAGACUACGCUUCUUCAACCUAAAGCCGCUGACGGUGUACAAAGUGACGGUGGCGGCACAGCCUCACCAGGUGCCAUGGCAACUGCCUCUGGAGCAGAGGGAGAGGAAGGAAGCGGGCGUGGAAUUCUGCACUCAAGCUGCAGGUCCAACACCGUAUUGCAGAACAGGCCCUCCCUUGCCUCCGCAAGAUGUACAGGUGCUCUGUGGGCAGGCACCCGGGGUCCUACAGGUCCGCUGGAAGCCACCCCUUCUGUCUCCCACAGGCACGUCUAAUGGUGCCAAUGUCCUUGGCUACGCUGUCUGCACUAAAGGACAGAAGAUAGCAGAGGUGAUGUUCCCAAUGGCAGACUAUGUGACUGUGGAGCUGACGCGGAUACAGUGCCUGGAGGCCAGGGAGGUCAUAGUCAGGACGCUGUCCGCACAGGGGGAGUCCCAGGACUCUCACGUCGCCCUCAUUCCAAACAACCUGCUCGUGCCUCUACCUCCGCUCCCUCUGCCAGCGCCGAUGCACGCCCACCCCCACGCCCAGCCUCACCUUACAUCUCCUCACCACCCUCAUGCCACCCCACAGCUUACUGCCCCACCCCAAGCCCACGGACAACCGCUCCCACCCCACCCACACCCUCAACCCCAACCGAGACUCCCCCACCCGGGCGCGCCCCAGCCAAACCAGAGUCGGCCGCCGCAUCCUCAUCCGCAGCCCCUGCGCCUCCUUCAAGGUCCCAGGCCCCAGCACCGACUGCCUCUGCAGCCCCACGCUCAUCCCCACCCUGUACCUCAGAGACCAGUAAGUGCCAGAGACCUGGAUGCCAAAGAGCAAGCCGGCCACAACAGGGCCGUCGUCCCGCCCGGUUGGGACCUCGCACGCUCCCCUUCUUCCCAGCCGCCUGUACCCAUGCAGGGCCACACGCUUGAGCCCCCUCCCCCUGGAAAUCCACGUUCCCCCUCCCCUCAGAGGAUUCUACCGCAACCGAGAGGCACUCUCAUCCCAGACAAUGUGGCCAAAGCCAUUGCCCGAGAAGCAGCGCAGAGGGUGGCGGCAGAGAGCGGCAAGGGCGACCGGAGACCUGUGAGCUACGGGGAACAGGAUCAGUCCUUUCACCAGCAUCACUCUGACGAGGAAGAGGAAGACGAGGAAGGGUUCGCACGUCGCCGACGAAGAGGCCCUUCGGUUGAUGAGUUCCUCCGAGGCUCCGAGUUAGGCAGGCCGCCUCACUAUAGUCACAAUGAAGAUUAUCACAGCGAGAGCAGCCGCGGCUCUGACCUGUCUGACAUCAUGGAAGAGGAUGAGGAGGAGCUGUACUCAGAGAUGCAGCUGGACGAGGCACGCCGACGCAACUCGCACAACACACCCAAGUUAAACACUCCAUCUAGAGGCCGCCAGGACCGGGAGAGCGGGCGAAGGAUUCAUCACAGUGGCUCGCAGCCUCAGAGACGACCACUCACGGUCCCUGCCAUCGAUGGCUACAGGGAUCGUCACUCUCCCACCUACUUUGAUGAGUCUGAGCCAGAGGAGGCCUUUCGGGUAUUUGUGGCGCUCUUUGACUACGAUCCUCUGUCCAUGUCCCCUAACCCAGACGCCGCCGAUGAGGAGUUGCCCUUCAAAGAGGGCCAAAUCAUCAGGAUAUACGGUGAUAAAGACACAGAUGGGUUCUACAGAGGAGAAGUGAGGGGCAGGAUGGGGCUGAUCCCGUGCAACAUGGUGUCUGAGAUACGAGCGGAGGACGACGAAACCAUGGAUCAGCUCAUCAAACAGGGCUUCCUGCCUCUCAGCACCCCAGUGGACAGAUUAGAACAGAAUAGAAGAGGCGCUCGUCGAGGUGAGGCCUCCAGGAGGAUGGUGGCUCUGUAUGACUACGACCCUCGAGAGAGCUCACCCAAUGUUGACGUUGAGGCUGAGCUGACCUUCUGCACCGGUGACAUCAUUGCAGUGUUUGGUGAUAUUGAUGAAGAUGGCUUCUAUUAUGGUGAGAUCAACGGUCACCGUGGUCUGGUUCCCUCUAACUUCCUGGAAGAAGUGCCUGACGACGUGGAGGUGUAUCUGACCGAUACGCCCUCCCACUUCCCCCCCGAGGAGCCCGCCAACCGGCUCCCCGCCAACUCCGCCGCCGCCGUCCCGGAGGGCAAACGGGAGACAACGUUCUACUGUCCAACACUUCCUUGCUUCCCUGCCCAUCGCCUCUCUUCUCAGAUCACCACGGAAACGCUCGUCGACAAUGACGCCACACCCGUCCGUGCGCCAUCCCCUAUCGUCCGCCCCUUGCUGCCGGGCACCAUGAGGCCCCUCAGCCCGACAAGGGGACUCCCCGGCCUCGCCCUGAACCCCCGCGACCCUCAAGAUUUAGCAAACAACAAGAAGAAGAAAGGACUCCUCUCCAAGGGGAAGAAGUUACUGAAACGACUGUCCCCUGCCAAAUAAAAGCCGACACGUACAGUGUAGCCACUCGACAUUCUGAUGUUUUCUCCAGGACUGUACAAGCCUGACUGAGUUUCAUUCAGUACCUCUGUGAUCCAAAUCGUUGACGUUCUGUAUAGUGCCAAAAUCGAGACACAAGCCGCCACAAAAAAAAACAAAAAACAUUACUGUGAUGUAUUUUAAAUCAAGCGAUUGCUUUCAUGACGUGUAUUUCAAUCUUUUUAGUCGUUACUAUACUCACAGAAACUAUAACAUUCUUUCAUGCAGGGUACCUGGUAAAACAAAUGGUUACAUAAAAUACGUUUCGGAUGAGAACAGCUCGAAAAAGACAACACCGUAAGUAAUACAGACUGCUAACACAAAGACUUUAUUUAGUGCAAUAUUGUAUGUGGUAAGGAAAGACUGGUUAGAAAUGGGUCGAAAUCAUGAAGCAUUGAUGCAAAAACAGCUUUUGGAGAACCAGGCGAGCCGCUCAGUGGCCUUUUACCAAAACAGCAUAAGUGUGACGUUCCCCGUUUGAGUUGAUUUUUCAUCCUUAAAAGCCAAAUCAUAGCAGUUUGGUCCAGAUUUAUUCGUACAAUGACAACAUUUUUUAUCAUUUGGCCUCAAUACACCACCACAGGAUAUUGACUUUAAGAUCCACUUUUAGGGGUUUUACAAAAAUGCUGCCAUUCAAUACCGAAAAUAUCAUUAGCAUUGUUAAAAUCUUUCACUGUGGAUGGAAGGAUGAAUUUUCAUGGGCUGGAAUAGAUGAUAUCAAGCCCAGUUUGGGGUCAUCACCCCUCUUUGUCCAUUUGCAGCUUCUUUUCAGUUCCAUAGCAUUUUGCUGAAUGGGAGGGAAGAAUUCAUCAUCUUAAUGUCCAUAAUGACACAUAAUGUGGUGUGAUUUAGAUCGCCAAACUUCUCUCUUCCCAUUAUCCUGAUAUAAGUUGACCUUGGUUUCAUCUGUCCAAAGAUCCCCCCCCCCCCAAGAUUUUUUCUUCCCAUUUCUGUUUUUGAAUGUUACCAGUGCUUUACACCUUUUUUUUUUUUUUUUUUUUUUAAACUUUCUAUUUACAGUCAUGAAGGAGAUUCUGACUGGUUGUGAAAUUUAUCUGGAUACAAUUUCAAAACUUUUUUAUUUUUUGUUAUUAAAUGUAUGUUAUAUAUUUGUCUGCCUUUUUGUCUUUAAGUAAUGAGGUAACAUACCACAUACAGUGAAUAUGAUUAUCAAUUCCUUAACGGGCAACACCAUGUUGCAUAAAAACCCUUAAAUUAAGACUUACAGUCAAAACGUCAUCACAUUGCGUUUAAACAAAUCCAAUGUGGUGGUGUAUAUAUGAAAAAUAUUUUUUUAAAUGUGUGUCUAAAUAUUUUUGGACCAAAAUGUUUUUUGUUGUCAAAGGAAAGAAUGGCAUGUCUUGUUCAAUGCAAAAAGUUGUUUGACGCUUGGAAAGUAAUAUUUGUUUCAUGUGACACACACUCGUCUUGCACCUUCCUUUUUUUUGUUCGUUUUUAAAUGGAGAACUCGUGUUGUCAUGUGAUAUAGCAAUCACAUUCUUCUGUCAUAAUGUUAGCAGAAUAUAUAAUAUAAACUGAAGGUCACGUUAAAAUCUCGUUAAAAAGACACAUCAAAAGGAUUGGCUGUUUUGUGUGUGGGGGGAAAAAAAUCACUUCUUUUAUGCAAGUGAAUUUUUUCUAGCUGAUAUUUACAGUAUGUACAGAUCAUUUAUGUUUGUACUUACACGUUAGAGCUUAAACUACUUUUUCUUUAUUCCAGUGAUCAUUAAGUGCAGUUUGACCUAAAAAAAAAAAAAAAAUAGCUUCAAAUUAAUUUGGACGGCUCACUGGCUUCUAUUAAUAAUUCUAGUCUUUGCAAUUAACAUAGUUGCCUCUGGUGGAGCGUGAGUGUAGCGCUUGUACAAAUAUGUUACACAAACUAAAAUGCUUAGAAAAUGUUUAUUUUAGUACACGAUAGAACGCAAAGGGGUUCAUACGUUCCUUGCCUUGGCUACAUAAGCGUUUGGUGAUGUAAUUGAAUUAACACAGUGACGUAAAAGUAAAUUUAAUUUCAUUUAAUUUUAAGUGUAUUUAUCUCACACUCCAACCACAGGCCAAGUCAUAGUGAGAUAUUUAUUCAUUUAUUAAUGACUACAAAUGAAUUGAUUAGUUCCAUCGCUGUUUGUUUCUCAAUGAGUGGCCCACAAAGUAGAAACAACAAGAGUUAUUAUAAUAUUUCACUUAUGAACGAGUGUUUUGGUGUGAACGCUGUCAUCGUUUUGUACUCAGAUCCAUUUGUAGAUCAUUUUAAAGUUUCAACUUGAUUUCA